UAAACAAGUACAGCUCAAUGCAAAUCUCUUGCAGACAAAACAAAAGUCCCUUGUUUACUGUUUUUGUUCUGUUCUUGGUCCCUCAAAUUCUCCUCUAGAAGAAUCCCUGAGAAAUCCAUCUUCAGUACCUGCAAUUCUCAUUUCUCAAUCAACUUCAGGCAACAAUCAAACGCUUUGAAUUUUGUUAUCUCAAUUUCAAGAUACCCACCAGGAAUCCAAGCAGGAAGUGGUGGACUUUUUGCAGGUUCUCAAUUCAAGUAAAGGAAGAAGCUAGCAAUGGAGAACGGCUAUGGCUACUUCAGGCAAGGAAGUGGAGUAUGGAGAUCUUUAACCGAAGGAGAUUUUGAAGAAGAAGACGUGUGGGCUGUUCUCAAAGAAAGAGGAGACCCAACAAUUACUUCAAAAGUUAGCCAAUUUAUCAACUCUGAAUUCGAACCGUCCAUGGCCGUUAAACGGCGCCUCCCUUCCGCCACUAGAAUGAUCCCAAAAACCGCCGGCUACGGUGGAAACACCAGUAGCAGCAGCAACAGCAACAGCCCGGAAGCCACAAAGCUUCAAUCAUCAGCCCCUGUGAAAAUCCCCUAUUGGUCAAAAUUUAAUGGCCUCCACCACCACCACCACCACCGCCACCACAAGUCAAAGAAAUCCUCUAAGAAUGUUCAUGAUGAUGAUGAUGACGAAGAUGACGACCAUGAUGGUGAUGGUGAUGGUUCAAAGGUGCCUCCACAUGAGUUCAUUGCGAGAAGGCAGGCAAGGAGUCAGAUUUCUUCAUUUUCAGUGUUCGAAGGAGUUGGGAGGACACUCAAAGGGAGGGAUCUUAGCAAAGUGAGAAAUGCUGUUUUGACAAGAACUGGUUUUCUUGAGAUAUAAUUAUAUUUAAAUUAUAUAAAUAAUUGUGGUAUAAAUAUUAUUGUGUGAUUUUGUUUAUAGGGUUUUUGGGAUGGCUUUUAUAGGCCUCAAAAAUAUUUGUAUAGAUCAAUUAUGUUUAGGGUUUCAAUCAAGGAAAAGGAUCCAUUUUGAUGUAAAAAAAUUAUAAUCAAUUUAUGUGAAUUUUUAUAUUGAUUA